UAUAUAUAUUUUGCAACACACUUUGCGAUCCUGGCCUAUACACAUUACACAUCCUAUUUACCUGUACUUUAUAUAUACCCUCUGGUAUACCUAACGCAGUCAGUGUGUUCAUAAUUGUCAGAUCGACUGAGUCUCGCCUAUAGUAUACAAGUAACUCACGCACUCAUUGGUAGGUAUAGUAUACGGGGCAAAACGAGCAGGUUGUACGUCGAACAGUCUGUGCGGAUUGACGGAUGACGAACAGCAACCACCGCUCGUACGGGGACAGGAGUAGCCUAUACUCCCACGCACACUUGCCUUAACCUAAGCCGAGUCGCGGAACAACUCGUGGUGGUGUAUAUAUACAGAGCGGACUGGUGCAGCAGCAACCGGAGCGAGAGCACACUGCAGGCAUCAGGCGUUAUUAAAUUAAACCGGUCGUGUCCGUUUGUAACGCGCUCGCGUGUGUGUACCUGUACGCGCGUGGACCAGGAGGUGCAGUGUAUAGGCUCGACGAGGAUGCUACUGGCGGAGGGACACGGUGGCAACAGCAGCGAUGAGGAGGUCGGCCCUUCCGCGGAGCACGGGGUACAGCUCGACGGUAUGAGUAGGGGGCACUUGCAGGUGCGAGCCUAAUAGAGCUCCAAGACGACGGGUGCAGGAGAGCCGCGCCCCCCUGGCAGCUCGAGGUCCUCGGGCAGCGGGAGCGGGGCCGUGACGGGCACCAGCGGGAGCGUGGGCGCGAGGAGUCCGGGAGGACAUGCAGGGAGCGGGCCGCCACCGGCAACAUGGCCGCAGGAGCCGCCGCGCGUCAGAUGCUCGACUUCCUGAGUAAGCGCAAGUACCGGCGACGGAAAGCGGCGGGCCUGUCCCGGACUCGGCACCACCACCUCCUCCUCGGGGUACUCGUAUGUUGGGUGGCGUCGUUGCCCCGUGCCCCGGCCCUCGAGGCCCCGAAUAACGGCGCGGUGCUGCCGGGGACGGCCGUCGGUGGCCUGUCUGCCGUCUACAACGGCUCGACCUGCGACCUCGACACCUGCCUCAAUGGCAGCUGCGUCAACGGUAGCUGCGUCUGCCGCGAGGGCUGGCAGGGCCCUAGCUGCCAGUACUGCGCCAGCAAAGUCCGAUUGUCGGAGCAGUCGGGCAGCAUACACGACGGAGUGGGCAAUUACACGACGAACGUCAAGUGCUCGUGGUUGAUCGAGAGCAGCCCCAACUCGACGAUUCGCAUGCACAUCGAGGAAUUCGCGACGGAGUGCGGCUGGGACCACCUGUACAUAUUCGACGGCGACGGGGUCGAGGCGCCCCUGCUCGGUGUCUUCAACGGGCUCAUGCACAAGGACGAUUACCACAUAAGACGGGUGCCCGAAGUGACCGCCCGCUCGGGCAGUGCCCUCCUCCACUUUUACUCGGACGUCGCUUACAACAUGAGCGGCUUCAAUAUCACUUACAAGAUCAACGCCUGUCCCAGCAGGGACUCGAGGGUCGACUGUUCGGGUCAUGGGGUGUGCAUCGGUGGUGAGUGCACGUGCGACGCCACGUGGAUGGGCGAAGCUUGCGACGUGGCCAUCUGUCCCAAAAAUUGCUCGGCGCACCAGCACCAGGGCCAGUGCAACCACGAGUGGCACCGGUGCGACUGCAACAAAGGGUUCAAAGGCGCCGACUGCAACCAGACGAGCGAGCAGGGUUAUUGGGAGGCCAUCAACUACCUGGAGCUCCCGCCCGAGGGCUCGGCGAGCCAUUGCGCCGUAGUCUGGCACGAUUCGCUGUACAUAGUCGGCGGGGAGAGCUUCCACCGAGCCAAGAUGAUCUACGUGUACGAUUACAACGGCAACGUGUGGGAGACGCCCCACGUGACGGGCCACAGGCCCCAGGCGAGGUACGGCCACUCGUGCGUGCUCUACGGCGACAAGAUCUACAUGUACGGCGGCGUCAUCGAGAGCUCGGGGGUCACCAACGAGGUGUGGGCCUUUGACGUAUCGUCCAAGCUCUGGGAGAACGUCACCGUACACGACAACUGCUACAACAAAACCAUGUGCGGACCCCUCAAGGUCGCUGGGCACUCGGCCAACAUCGUCCGGGGCCACAACUCCAAGGAGAAGAUGGUGGUUAUAUUCGGACACUCGCCGCAGUACGGCUACCUGAACAACGUCCAAGAAUACUACUUCGGCGCCCGAGAGUGGCAGAUAGUCGAGACGUCCGGUUUCCCGGUGAAGGGUGGCUACGGGCACAGCUCGGCCUACGAUCCUCUGACCAACCACAUCUACGUGUACGGGGGCUACGUGUCCGAGUCCCAGGUGACGCAAGUGUUGACCAAUCGUUUGUACGCGUACCGGCCGAACAAGCGCGAAUGGCGUCUCCUAACGGCCGCGCCCUCGGCACGUUUCUUCCACACGGCCGCGUUCGUCAGUCCCGGUCUCAUGCUCGUCUUCGGCGGCAACACCCACAACGACACGCUGCACUCGUACGGGGCGAGGUGCUACUCGGCCGACACCAUCGCCUACGACGUGGUCUGCGACUCUUGGAGGCAGUACACCGUGCCCAAGGAGAUGGCCGAUCUGUCGAGGUACGGGCACAGCGCCACCGUCUUUGGACCCUCCAUGUACAUAUACGGCGGCUUCGACGGCCAAAUGCUCUCCGACACGCUCAAGUAUACGCCGGGCGAUUGCGAGCACCUGAGAAACCACAGCCAAUGCCUUAGCUCGCGAGUUGGUCUGAAGUGCGCGUGGGACAAGAAACGGGGCAACUGUUUGGCCGCCACCAGCAUCCCGACGGGGGUUCUGCUGUCCGGUAACACGCACGACGACAAGUACAUGCUCUGCGUGGACGAGACCCCACCACGCGGCAUGACCUCGCACAAGGAGCUGUGCAAGCUCCUUACGGAUUGCGCCGCCUGUCUGUCAACGUCCUACAAGUGCGUCUGGUGCGGUAAAAGCUGCUCCCACGAGAUUUGCCGGAACAUUGCCAACGCCCCUUCCCUGAGGCCCGUUGAUACCUUGGACAUGUGCGACCCACACAGCGGCGUCGAGUGUUACCAGUUGCACACUUGUCAAGCUUGCUCGAGCAAUCCGAAUUGCAUAUGGUCGUGGUCCAACGGGCCCGACAGGUGCAAGCCUCUCUCCGAAAUUGCCAUUGCGAGCGCGAACAAUACGAUGCAACCGCAGCGGUCGCUGGUGGACAUUUGCCGGAGCCCGUGCGUCGAGUACACCUCGUGUCGCAACUGCACCGAGACCGAGUGCAUUUGGUGCCAGAACACGGAAAGAUGCGUCGACAAGAACGCCUACCCGGCGAGCUUUCCCUACGGCCAGUGCCGCGAGUGGACGACCACCCACGACAAGUGUCGCUCCACUCGGGCCAGCAACGAGUGGUGCAGCGCUCACAACUCCUGCUCGAGUUGCAGAGCCGACCCGGAUUGCGGCUGGUGCGACGACGGCUCGGGCACCGGGCGGGGCAAGUGCUUGCCGGGUGGAGCUAAACAACCCAGCUACCGGAGUCCCGAGAGGUGCCCUCUCAGACGCUGGUACUUCACCGAGUGUCCACCUUGUCAAUGCAACGGCCACAGCACGUGCUACCCCAACAGCAACGAGUGCAUCCAGCCCUGCGGGAAUUUGACGCAAGGUGCCCACUGUGAAAAAUGCAAGCCUGGCUAUUAUGGAAGUCCGCUUAACGGAGCCACCUGUCAACCUUGCUCGUGCAACGACCAAGGAACGAAUUGUACCAGCGAAACUGGUAAAUGUUUCUGUACAACGAAAGGUAUAAUAGGCGACCACUGCGAGCGAUGUGACGUGAGUGGACUGUAUCACGGCGAUCCUACGAAUAAGGGAUCGUGUUUUUAUGAUUUGGCCAUCGAUUAUCAGUUUACGUUUAAUUUGAGUAAAAAAGAGGACCGCCACUACCGAGCGAUAAACUUCAAAAAUUCUCCCUCCAAGCAGGACGUCGACGCUGAUUUCUCGAUAACGUGUUCCGUAAUUGCAAAAAUGAACAUAACGGUGAAAAAAUCCAACGGCUUGGAAAAACCGUUGUUACUGGGAGCCAAUUGCACGAAUUUAACGUACAAGCAUCGCUUCAGCAAAACCGAUUAUCAUUUUGGUAACGAGGACAACAUCACGCACACGACGUUUUACGUGUACGUGUACGACUUUCAUCCUCCUUUGUGGAUUCAGAUCUCGUUUUCGCAGUAUUCCAAAUUAAAUUUGCAGCAAUUUUUCAUAACGUUUUCCACGUGCUUCCUCGCUUUAUUGCUGAUAGCAGCGAUUCUCUGGAAAGUCAAACAAAAGUACGACAUGUACAGAAGAAGACAGCGGCUUUUUGUAGAAAUGGAGCAGAUGGCUAGCCGUGCCUUCAGCCAAGUGCUCGUGGAAAUCGAGAGGCGAGAAUUUUACGUGACGGAAGCCGACGGAUGUGACGCGGAAGUGAAUAAUACUCGCAAAAAGAAGAAGAAAAAGGACGCUCCGAGCCCGAUAGCUCUAGAACCCUGCUGCGGCAACCGAGCGGCGGUUCUUUCGUUACUAGUCAGGCUGCCGACUGGGGGCGAGCCUUACACACCAGCCGGCCAGAGCGCGGGUCUCGCGGUCGCCUCGGCCCUCGUGACCUUGGGGAGUCCACGCAGGCCCUCCCAGGAGCUGACCAUCAAAGAGCCCAAAAAACCCAGAAAAUCGAGUAGUCAGCAUCCAGAGUCGACGUGCAUUUAGUGCUAGUCCCUAACGGCUAGCAAACGACAAAAACAGUAUGCCCAUAUGUGGGAGCGCGCGUUUGUGUGCGUGUGUGUGAGAGUGAGACAAAGCUUGGUCAAACAAGCUGUGCUAUGCAUUAUAGGGUCAAAGUAUCGAGUUUGAUACUUCCCGAUUCGUUACUGCAAUCGAGACAUCCGCAACACAGAGUCGGAGCAAUCGAAAGAGUCUUGUUUCGGCUGAACAAGCUCACGCUGAGCUAAUUUUUUUUUAAAUAUGCCGAGUUGGAAAUCCAUCUACGCUUAGUAAGCUUUUAGGACUCCCGCGAGUAAAAUUGACAAAAGGAAAAGGGAAAGAUCACAUUUUUUUUUUUUUAAUUUGAAAAAAAAAUCUUUGUAUAUAUGAAGCUCUCCAGUUUUCUUAGUGUAUAUGAAAACUCAAAUCUCAGAAGCAAAGACUAAUUUUUCUAAACGGAAGAAAAAAGAGUGAGCGAUAGAGGGAGACGAGAAUAAAAAGCAUUUUCUAUUGCAUAGGCCUUUAAAACAUACUCAUCGAACAUUCUUAUAUCGACAAGAAACUCUUUCGUCAUUUUUGGUUCUUCAGCAACUCUCGAGUUCUCCUUCGCACAUUCUUGUUAUCUUUUAUUUCCUAAUUUUUGUGUCUUCGCUUACCUCAAAUUACAAAGACUGAAUACUAGUGCAGUUGUCGAAUUUAUUUGAUGAAAUGCACUAAAAAUAGCAAUUUAUUUCGAGUGAUGCGUAAUACUUGAUUUAGGUAAGUAUAAGUACAAAUAUUAUUCCGCAAAAAUAAAGCAUUUCACAAUUUUUUUUCUUUCUACUUUAUUUACCACUGCAUGCCGCGAAGGAGAAAAGCCAAAUGAAGAUUCGUACAAAAAAUGAAAAAUUACGAGGAAAGCCCAACGAAAGAGAUUGUACAGUUUUGUAUAUAUCGUUAAUAAAAUGGACACUUAGAUGUUAAGAGCAGAUUUUUUAUGAGUAUGUAAUUAUGCGAGUCGUAAAAAUCUCAAGAUUCAAGUUUUCAAAUAAAAUGAUUGACCAUUCGAAAGUUAAUUGUGCUUCAUCGAGUUGUAAAAAGUUACAUGAUUCUCUGCCAAGUUAAAAUUAUGUAAUGAAGCAUUAGAAAAAAAAAUAAGCGUAAUUAGAUAAAUAGUUGAAAAUAUUAUUUGAAUGAAUGGGUCUGAAAAAUGACUAGUGUAUCAUGAUAGUUGUACUUUUACAUAAUAAUUGUAAAUUUAUAGAUCUGCAAUACGUGUUUUGUUUUGUUUAUAAACAUCGAAUCAAAUCCAAACUUGUAAAUAAAGUUAUUCUUUUGAGCUAAAAAAAA